UUCCAAGUGGGGCGCCGCUGGGGUGCGGAUCCGAAAAAUGCCGGGGGCGCAGAAGUGGCGGAGAGACCUUACUUUGCGCAUAUGAAAUUUGAUAAAGAAGGCAAUGUUACCUCCUAUGAAAGAAAGAAAACAGAAUUGUUUCAAGAACUAAGUCUUCAAGCACGAGAUCUACGGUUUCAACAUCAAGUAAAUAUAACACCCAGGAACAACAAAAUCAUUAUGAGAAUGGAGUUUUUGAAGGCUGUGAUAACACCAGAGUAUCUUCUAAUCCUAGACUAUCGCAAUACAAAUCUGGAAAAGUGGCUGUUCCAAGACCUGGCAUCUCAGCUAGCUGGGGAAGGUCAACUAGUUACAUAUUCUUUGCCUUUUGAAUUCAGAGCUAUAGAAGCAAUGCUGCAGUAUUGGAUCAGCUACCUGAGUGGCAAACUUAGCCAUCUGCAGCCUCAGAUUCUUGAAACUCUGAAUGCUUUAGUGGAUCCUAAGCUUUUGUCCCUGGAUAGGAGUAAAGUCCACAUCUUACUACAAAAUGGAAAGAGUUUGUCUGAAUUAGAAACUGACCUUAAAGUUUUCAAAGAGACGAUAUUGGAAAUCCUAGAUGACAAAGAAGUCAUGGAAGAAUUGUGUCUGACUAAAUGGACAGAUCCAGAAGUCUUUGAGGCAAGUCUGUCUGGAAUUGACCAUGUGGAGGAGAUGGAACUCCUAUUGGAAAAUUACUACAGGCAGGCAGAAGAUCUAAUGAAUGAAACCCGGGAACUUAAAAUACUGAUUGAUGAUUCUGAAAGUAUCAUCUUUAUCAACUUAGACAGCCACCGUAAUGUUAUGAUGAGGUUGAACUUGCAGCUGACCAUGGGUACUUUUUCAAUCUCGCUUUUCGGAUUGAUAGGAGUAGCAUUUGGUAUGAAUUUGGAAUCAUCAUUUGAAGAGAACCAUGGAAUGUUCUGGCUGGUGACAGGAAUUAUGUUCCUAGGCAGUGGCUUAAUUUGGCGGCGCCUGUUGACAUUUCUUGGAAGGCAUCUAGAACCAUCAAUGCUUCCACCAAUGCCGGGUUUAUUGAAAAAAACACAGUCAGCCAAUGGAAAAGUAGAGUUUAAGAAUGUUUUCAAAACCGAAUCCUUUGAGUCAAGCAGAAGUACAAUGACCAGCCAAUGACAUGAAUACUCCAGGAUAACUUGAACUCGAGACUUUCAUCCUGGAUUUACUUUUUCAAAAAAAAAUGUAGCAGCCUCUACCCUUUGACUGUGUUAUAUCCCGAAAAUACGAAGUUAAAAAUCUUCAGUUAUGGAGAGAAGAGUUUUGAAUACCACAAUAGAAAAUUUAAAUCAUGUACAUGUUAAAAACCAUCCCCUUUUUUCCUCUAACUAAUGCCUUCUGUGGGAAUUCUGAUAAAAUUUAACCUUUUGCCAAUGUAAGAAAACCGUGUCUACCCUAAUAAUAGUUUCACACAUAUUCUUCAUAGGUAGAGUUCAUAUAAGGCAAAAGUGUUAUCUGAAUUAUUUCUAAAGAGUGAGAUAUAUUUAUGUAAAAAUAGUGUUAUCUCUGAUAACAAAUUCUCUUUUGAAAAUAAUACACCAUAAUGUUAAUUUCAUGUUGUAUUGUUUAAAUUAAGUAUUUUGUAAAGAUACUAUUUUACUGCUAUCUCUUCAGUUAUUGGAUUCUGAAAGGUAAAAAGCUUAUUUUAUUCAAUUUUAUAUUCCUGUCAUAAUUACCAAAAAUAAAGUUACUAGUACUGUUUUAGGAGAAAGCUCCCCCUUUUUAAGGAAGCUUCAUUUGUUUCUGAAGCUUGUGGAGCUCAUGAGAGAAGUUUUACUUGCUUGCAGAAGGUUGUCAGAAGGCCUCACAUCAGCUGGGCUCUUCUGCAAAAACUGAAAGGUAAUUUGGGUGCUUGCUGAGCACUGGAGCUGGAAGAGGAGCAGGCCGACUCCUGCAAGUCCCUUGGGUGGCCAGAUGGGAAGUAGGCCUUGGCUUACAGGCUGCAAUUGCCCUAUCACUUCUACAGACCAUCUUCAGGCUCCUUUGCAUAGCUGAAUAGCCACUUGGAAGCAGGCCGAUGCCUGCAGAAUAUUCCAAGGGGCAGGCCCUUGGGUGGCUGGAUGGGAAGUAGGCCUCAGCCUAGAACAAGAGCUUGGGCAAUUAAUUUUCCCAAAGAACAUUUUCUUAGGAGAAGGGCGGCAUAUAAAUCGAAUAAACCUAAACAUGGGAAAUGGACUCUUGAGGAGGGGUGUUGCUGCAACCCUCACCACCACGACUCUGCCACUGCCCCAACACCACCGCCACAUUGGCACCUUUUCCCCAAAGUGGGGCAGAUGGGUUUUAAAAUGCCCAUGUCUGGCUUAGAGUCUGGUGUGCAAGUCACCUUUGCUGACCAGUGUUAGGCUCCCUUGCGUGGCUGAAUAAGCCAGCUUGGAAGCAUGUAAUGGGCUAUGGGAAUAUUGAGGCAAAGGGAGCAGAGCACCAAGUGCCUCAGGGAUGCGGGGGGCUGGUAGGCCUGUGGCAGGUGGCCUUGGGUCUAUGUUAGGCCACCAAGUGCUUUCCAGAUUCCUGAGGCACCCCAUGCUCCUCUUACAAGCCCUGCACACUCAUUUAAUGAUUGCAUUGGGGAGAGCAGGAAUUGAAUUCAUGAAGUGAGACACUCAAUGGCUGUCAUGACAUGCCACCAUGAUGGGCAGGUUCCAUUAUGGUCAGUCUAGAGCAGUGGUAGUCAACCUGGUCGCUACCGCCCACUAGUGGGU